CUCUAUGGUUCCCCUCGGUGGGUAGCGCGCCGCCGCCUCGCCUCGCCUCGCCCCCGCCCGCGCUGCACGCCGGGACACGGCCGGUCCUCCCUGCCUCCCUCCCGCCCCCCCGCGCGCCCCGAGCCUGCGCCGCGCCGACAUCCGCGUUGUCCCAAGAUGGAGGCGCGGGGCUCGCGCUGAGCGCGGCCCGGCCCGGCACAGCAGCAGGAGCAGCAGUAGGAACAGGAGGAGGAGACGCGCCCGCCCGGCCCGGCCGCCUCUCCCUCUCCGCCCUGCCAGGCCGCGGCUCCGGCGGCACCUGCAGCAGCGGCGGCGGCGCCUCCUCUUCGCCCGCGGCCCUGCCCCGAGCGCGGCGCGGCCCCCGCAUGAGCCCGGGCGGCGGCGGCGGCGGGAGCGCCCCGGAGCAGCAGCCGCGGCGCCCAGAGUGGUGAAGAAUUAGGAGAAGCUGCAGUUGUUCAGCUGAGUGGAACUAAAUGGGUGGCUUCCCUCUGGACCCUCACUUCACUGUUUUAGGUACAAGAACUGUAGAAGUCCAUUUUGGAAUUUGAAAGAGCAAGAUUGUUCAGCUCUUGAAAGAUAUGCCAUGGAAGUAAUCAGCUGGGGUGGUCCCAGGGCGCUCUGGGCACGAGUAUUGCUGAGUGAUCAUUGGCUGCCACCUGCGUGACAAAGUAAAGGACCAACCCUUCAAUUUAUACCAGUGGAGCCAGAUCACGGGAAACAAUUGACAGAGUUGUUAAGCUUAUGCUUAGCCCAGCGUGAUACAGGACUGGUGUGACAACUCGGUUUUGAUCAGUGACUCAAAAUUGUGAUCACCCUGAUGUCACCGAAUGGCCACAGCUUGUAAAAGAUCACCAGGAGAACCUCACUCUGAGAACAUUGAAACUAGCCGAAUGAAGCGAGCAGCUGCAAAGCAUCUAAUAGAGCGCUACUACCACCAGUUAACCGAGGGCUGUGGAAAUGAAGCCUGCACGAAUGAAUUUUGUGCUUCCUGUCCAACUUUUCUCCGUAUGGAUAACAAUGCAGCAGCCAUUAAGGCCCUCGAGCUUUAUAAGAUUAAUGCAAAACUCUGUGAUCCUCAUCCCUCCAAGAAAGGAACGAGCUCAGCUUACCUAGAAAACAAUUCCAAAGGUGCCCAUAACAAUUCCUGCACUGACAGAAAAAUGAACAAGAGGGAAAUGCAAGGCCCAAGAGAUGACUUUAAAGAUGUGACUUUUCUAACGGAAGACAAGAUAUAUGAAAUUCUUGAACUAUGUCGAGAAAAAGAGGAUUAUUCCCCUUUAAUCCGGGUGAUUGGGAGAGUGUUUUCUAGUGCUGAAGCACUGGUACAGAGUUUCCGAAAAGCCAAGCAGCACACCAAGGAGGAGCUCAAGUCCCUUCAAGGAAAGGAUGAAGACAAAGAUGAAGAUGAAAAGGAAAAAGCUGCCUGUUCGGCUGCAGCUAUGGAAGAAGAUUCUGGCGCAUCGUCAUCUUCGUCAUCAAGAAUAGGUGAUAACACACAGGGAGAUAAUAACCUCCAAAAACUAGGCCCAGAUGAAGUGUCUGUAGAUAUUGAAGCAGUCAGACGGGUCUAUGAUAGGUUACUUUCUAAUGAAAAAAUAGAAACUGCCUUUUUAAAUGCACUUGUGUACUUGUCACCUAAUGUGGAAUGUGACUUGACUUACCAUAAUGUGUACUCUCGGGAUCCUAACUAUCUGAAUUUGUUUAUUAUCGUUAUGGAGAAUGGCAAUCUUCAUAGCCCAGAAUAUCUGGAAAUGGCUCUACCGUUGUUUUGCAAAGCAAUGAGCAAACUACCCCUUGCAGCUCAAGCAAAACUGGUCAGAUUGUGGUCGAAGUACAGAGCAGACCAAAUUCGGAGAAUGAUGGAAACAUUUCAGCAGCUUAUUACCUACAAAGUCAUAAGCAACGAGUUCAAUAGUCGUAACCUAGUGAAUGAUGAUGAUGCUGUUGUUGCUGCUUCAAAGUGCUUGAAAAUGGUUUACUAUGCAAAUGUAGUAGGAGGGGAUGUGGAUACAGAUCAUAAUGAAGAGGAAGAUGAGGAACCCAUCCCUGAAUCAAGUGAACUAACUCUUCAAGAGCUGUUGGGUGAGGAAAGAAGAAAUAAAAAAGGUCCUCGAGUGGACCCACUGGAAACUGAACUUGGUGUUAAAACUAUAGAUUGCAGAAAACCACUUAUCCCUUUUGAAGAAUUUAUUAAUGAACCACUGAAUGAUGUUCUAGAAAUGGACAAGGACUACACUUUCUUCAAAGUAGAAACAGAAAAUAAAUUCUCAUUUAUGACCUGUCCCUUCAUAUUGAAUGCUGUUACCAAGAACCUGGGAUUGUAUUAUGACAAUAGAAUCCGGAUGUACAGUGAAAGACGCAUAACUGUACUCUACAGCUUAGUUCAAGGACAGCAGCUCAACCCAUAUUUGCGACUUAAAGUGAGACGUGAUCACAUCAUAGAUGAUGCGCUUGUCCGGCUAGAGAUGAUUGCCAUGGAAAAUCCUGCAGACUUGAAGAAGCAAUUGUAUGUUGAAUUUGAAGGAGAGCAAGGGGUAGAUGAAGGAGGUGUUUCCAAAGAAUUUUUUCAACUGGUUGUGGAAGAAAUCUUCAAUCCAGAUAUUGGGAUGUUCACAUACGAUGAAUCUACAAAACUCUUCUGGUUUAAUCCGUCCUCUUUUGAAACUGAGGGUCAGUUUACCCUGAUUGGCAUAGUACUGGGUCUGGCUAUUUACAACAACUGUAUACUGGAUGUACAUUUUCCCAUGGUUGUCUACAGGAAGCUAAUGGGCAAAAAAGGAACUUUCCGUGAUCUGGCAGACUCUCAUCCUGUUCUUUACCAGAGCUUGAGAGACUUGCUAGAGUAUGAAGGAAGUGUGGAAGAUGAUAUGAUGAUAACGUUUCAAAUAUCUCACACGGAUCUCUUUGGCAAUCCAAUGAUGCAUGAUUUAAAGGAAAACGGUGAUAAAAUUCCUAUUACAAAUGAAAACAGAAAGGAAUUUGUCAAUCUGUACGCUGACUACAUACUCAAUAAGUCGGUAGAAAAGCAGUUCAAGGCCUUUCGGAGAGGAUUCCACAUGGUGACCAAUGAAUCUCCUUUGAAAUAUUUAUUUAGACCAGAGGAAAUUGAAUUACUUAUUUGUGGAAGUAGGAAUUUAGAUUUUCAAGCACUAGAAGAAACCACAGAAUAUGAUGGUGGCUAUACAAGAGACUCUCUUAUUAUUAGGGAAUUCUGGGAAAUAGUCCAUUCAUUUACGGAUGAACAGAAAAGACUAUUCUUGCAGUUUACAACAGGCACAGACAGAGCCCCUGUGGGAGGACUUGGAAAGUUAAAGAUGAUCAUAGCCAAAAAUGGCCCAGAUACAGAGAGGUUACCUACAUCUCACACAUGCUUUAAUGUACUUUUGCUUCCGGAGUACUCAAGCAAAGAAAAGCUUAAAGAAAGAUUAUUGAAGGCCAUCACGUAUGCCAAAGGAUUUGGCAUGCUGUAAUAAAUAUAACAAAAGGGAUUAAAAAAUGAUGGUGAUGAUGUCCCUGUCCAAAAAGGCCAUAAGAUAGUGAGCUACAGUAGUCACCUGUGUUUGUGCCUCCCUUCUUUACUGGGGACAUUGGGCUGGAACAGCAGAUUUCAGCUGCUUAUAUGAACAAAAUCUUUAUUUUUUCUUUUAGCGUGAAAGUGUUACAUAUUCUUUCACUUGUAUGUACAGAGAGGUUUUCCUGAAUAUUUAUUUUAAGGGUUAAAUCACUUUUGCUUGUGUUUAUUACUGCUUGAAGUUGAGCCUUUUUGAGUAUUUACAAGAAAACAAACUGUACUCUCCCAAGGAAAAUAUUGCCAUCAUUUGUAGACCAUGUAACCUUCAAGUAUGUGCUAUAUUUUUGUCCCUGUAUCUAAUCAAAUCAAGAACUGUACUUUUUGAGAAGUUUGCUUUUGAAACUUGAAGUCUUGGAAAACAGUGUGAUGCAAUUACUGCUGUUCUAGCCCCCAAAGAGUUUCUGUGCAAAAUCUUAAGAAUCAAUAAAGAUGGAAGGGAGAACUUGGAAUGUUAAA